AUGAGAGAUGUUGACACAUUGUUGCUGGAUUUCAUUUGUGCAGGUCCUGUUCGGACGCGCUCCUUACACGCUGUGUUUUCCGAUGCGGUAGGAAGUCAGCCGCGUCACGAGGAGAAUCGGCCGCUCAACACCAGUGGUCAUGCUCCACAAAUCCCGGCCUCGCGUGGUGAUACAACUUCCGCUCACGUCAAUGGCGUGACAACGCCGUCUGCUCACCAUUCUCUGCGUUCCGGAAGUCAGGGCCGGUCGGGUGGGCGGCGAGCAGGUCAGGCGGCCCGCCAGAGUUCCGCCAAUGCCGCAGGGCACACGUCUGCUGCUGCUGGCGCAGGCCAGCAGUUCCGCCCAGCUGCAGGGAGCAACACCGCCGCUGCUACAUCUGGCGGGCUGCUUGGCGAGACUGCUGGGCUGACGUCUUCUGCUGCUGGCGCCGGCCAGCAGUUCCGCCCAGCUGCAGGGAGCAACACCGCCGCUGCUGCAUCUGGCGGGCUGCUUGGCGAGACUGCUGGGCUGACGUCUUCUGCUGCUGGCGCCGGCCAGCAGUUCCGCCCAGCUGCAGGGAGCGACACCGCCGCUGCUGUAUCUGGCGGGCUGCUUGGUGAGACUGCUGGGCUGACGUCUUCUGCUGCUGGCGCCGGCCAGCAGUUCCGCCCAGCAGCUGGGACGGCCUCGGCCUACACUGCACCUGGCGGUCAGCUGCGCCAGGCUGCUGGGAGCAGCUCUCCUGACCCUGCAUCUGGCGGUUUGUUCCGCCAGCCUGCGGGUCUGACCUCCGGCGACCCUGGACCUGGUGGUCCGUUGGGGCAAGCCGCAUUGAACAGCUCUCCUGACCCUGCACCAGGCGGUCCAUUUAUCCAGGCCGCUGGGAGGAGCUCUCCUGACCCUGCAUCCGGCCGUCGGUUGGGGCACGAGGAUGAGAGGAGCUCCGCUGACCCUUCAGCUGGCGGCCAACUGGGACAAGUGGCUGGGUGGAGCUCCGCCAACACUUCUACUGGCGCUGUUUUGGUCCAGGCCGCUGGAAGACCUUCAGCCGACCAUGCUCCUGGCGAGAUGCGCACGAUGGCCGCUGGGCACACUUCCACUGAGACCCAUGAUGGCAGCAUGUUCCCGCCGUCAUGCGAACCGGCUCCGGACGCCCAUUUCUGCCCGUCUGCUGGCAUGACCUCCGCCGACCCUGCUGUUGAUGGCGUGUUAGGCCAGGCUGCUUGGAGGACCGACGCCAAUCCUGCUGCUGGGGUGCUGCUAAGGCCAACCGCGAGGCGCAUCCCCGAUGACAGCAAUACUGACGGCGUGUUCUCCCCGCCUGGAGGCGCUGAGCUUGGCGGCCACGUUGGCGAGGCCAAUGGGAGGACCUGGACCAACUCUGCAGCGGGCGAGCCGCUCGUCCCGAACGCUGGUGGCACCGAGGCCGGUGAUGCUGUGGGCGUUCAGACACGAGAUGCGUAUGGGCGGGCCACUACACACGCUGCUGCUCAUGAACUGCACGGGCAUGUGGCAGAACCAACCUCUGAUGUUGAAGAGGCGCGUGCCGCACAUCGUGCGCUCCAGCGUGAGAACCAGCGGCUGUUGAAUGAGCUUGAAGAGCUUAGGCGUUCGCUUUCUCGGUCAACGUCACCUGCUGAGACCUCUGGUGGUGCGGGCGAGCAGCAGGAACCGUCUCCAAACUCUGGGAAUGUCGCAGCUAAUGUGCAGCCAGGAAGGCAUCCCAUCGCACCGAUCAACGAUCGGCUGCUUGGAAGGGCUGUUGGGAACGCUCACGCCCAGGGAACCGAGCAUGGCCUGCAGCACUUGACCCCGGAGCAGGAGGUCCUCGCAUUCGACCUUGCUGCAGCGAUGAGGCGAGUCCCUGAGGUGGCAAUGUUGGAUGCGCUCACCGUUCUUUUCUGGGAUAUGCCGGAUGGUAGGAUGGACUUCUGGCCAUCUCGGAAGGUGCUGCUGGGAGCGCUUGCUGUUGCUUUGAAGUACAAGACGGUUGGUCAGCGGACCGACCUGCUUCAUGUGUAUCUUUUUGACCCAGUUCGACGUGGCUAUAUCCGCAACAAGCUGCAGGAUGGACGGAAUGUCAUUCUGCACACCGGUCGAUGCGGUAUUUACAGAGCGUUUGACUUGUACAUUCAACGCCCCAACCAAAACCGCAAGCUCAUGGGUUCCACCUUGAUCGAGGCGUGGAAAGUGCAAUACAAGCCAG